AACAUCUCCCCUCGUCUUCCUUUGCCAAAUGCCAACCACAUUUCAAAUCCUGCCGUUAAGCCUCGCCCUUCUCUUCCCGGCAAAAUAAACCCAACCGGAAAAACCACCUGAAACCCUUCAGGAUGUCCGAAUUAACCAUCCUAUUUCUCAGAACUUCACCCCUCCUCUGCGUUCUAGUCCUACUUUCCCUGCCCUUCAGAGUAAUUUCCCAAGAUGCCAACACUGAAAAAACUAUCCUUCUAAACCUGAAAAAACAACUUGGCAAUCCAUCGUCCAUUCAGUCCUGGAACUCAUCAUCCUCACCGUGUAAUUGGGCAGGGGUAACCUGUGGAGACGAUGGCUCGGUGUCUGGACUUGACCUAGGUGAUAAAAACAUCACAGAAAUAAUCCCAGCAACUGUUUGUGACCUGAAAAACCUGGCAUUUCUCUACAUGAAUUUGAACUACAUUCCAGGAGGAUUUCCAAAAGUUCUGUACAAUUGUACAAAGCUUCAGUACUUGGACCUGUCUCAGAAUUAUUUUGUCGGUCCAAUACCUGAUGAUAUUGAUAAAUUAUCAGGUCUCAGGUAUAUAAACCUUGGAGCUAAUAACUUCACAGGCAAUAUUCCACCACAGAUAGCGAACCUGACAGGGUUGCAGACAUUGUUUCUGUAUCAGAAUCAGUUCAACGGUACGUUUCCUAAGGAGAUUAGUAAGCUUUCCAAUCUUGAAGAGCUGGGAUUGGCGUAUAAUGAGUUUGUGCCCUCUUCAAUUCCUGUGGAGUUCGGUCAGCUAAAGAAGUUGAGGUAUCUGUGGAUGAGACUCGCGAAUUUGAUUGGUGAAAUACCGGAGAGCUUGACCAAGCUUUCAAGUCUUGAGCACUUGGAUUUAGUUGGAAACUAUUUGGAAGGAAAGAUUCCUGAUGGGUUGUUUUCGUUGAAGAAUUUGACUAAUUUGUAUCUCUUCCAGAAUAAGUUGUCUGGUGAGAUACCUCAGAGAGUCGAAACGUUGAAUUUGGUGGAGAUUGAUCUUGCAAUGAACCAAUUAAAUGGUUCGAUUCCAGAAGAUUUUGGCAAGUUGAAGAAAUUGCAACUUCUGAGUCUGUUUGACAAUCACUUGUCCGGUGAGGUACCACCAAGUAUAGGCCUUCUUCCUGCACUGACAGCAUUUAAGGUUUUUAGCAACAACUUGAGUGGAGCCUUGCCACCUAAAAUGGGCCUUUAUUCAAAACUUGUAGAAUUUGAUGUUGCAACCAAUCAAUUCAGUGGCCAACUGCCUGAGAAUUUAUGUGCUGGAGGUGUCUUGCUGGGUGCAGUUGCCUUUGAAAACAAUCUCUCUGGGCGGGUGCCUCAAUCUCUUGGAAAUUGCAACAGUUUGCACACGAUUCAACUUUACAGCAACAGCUUUUCAGGUGAGAUACCUGCAGGUGUUUGGACAGCCUCCAAUAUGACUUACUUGAUGUUAAGUGACAAUUCCUUUUCGGGGGGACUUCCGACCAAGCUGGCAUGGAAUUUGUCAAGGUUGGAACUCGGCAACAACAGAUUUUCUGGUCCGAUUCCUCCUGGAAUCUCUAGCUGGGUGAACUUGGUUGAUUUCAAGGCGAGCAACAAUCUUCUUUCUGGUGAAAUUCCUGUGGAAAUAACGAGUCUGCCUAACCUUUCAAAUCUUCUGCUUGAUGGAAAUCUAUUUUCAGGUCAACUCCCAUCCCAGAUAAUAUCCUGGAAGUCAUUGACCACUUUAAAUCUCUCAAGAAAUGCACUUUCUGGCCAGAUCCCAAAGGAGAUUGGGUCUUUACCUGACCUGCUUUAUUUAGAUUUGUCUCAAAACCAUUUUUCUGGUGAAAUCCCUCUUGAAUUUGACCAGUUGAAACUGGUUUCUCUCAACUUGUCCUCCAAUCAUCUGUCUGGGAAAAUCCCAGAUCAGUUUGAUAACCUUGCCUAUGAUAACAGCUUCCUGAACAAUUCUAAUCUCUGUGCUGUUAAUCCAAUUCUAAACUUUCCAAAUUGCUAUGCUAAACUUCGCGACUCUAAAAAAAUGCCCUCUAAAACUCUUGCCUUGAUUCUAGCUCUUGCUGUGACCAUUUUUCUAGUCACUAUGAUAGUCACCUUGUUUAUGGUUAGGGACUACCAAAGAAAGAAGGCAAAACGUGAUCUGGCAGCAUGGAAGCUGACCUCGUUCCAGAGAUUGGACUUCACAGAAGCAAACGUUUUGGCAAGUUUGACAGAAAAUAAUCUGAUUGGAAGUGGAGGAUCGGGGAAGGUAUACCGGGUGGCCAUAAACCGUGCAGGUGACUACGUUGCUGUCAAGAGGAUUUGGAAUAAUGAAAAAAUGGAUCACAAUCUUGAAAAGGAAUUUUUGGCAGAGGUUCAGAUACUGGGAACAAUUAGGCAUGCAAACAUAGUUAAAUUAUUGUGCUGUAUUUCAAGUGACAGCUCAAAGCUUCUUGUUUAUGAGUUCAUGGAGAACCAAAGCCUUGAUAGAUGGCUUCAUGGGAGGAAGAGAAGUUCAUCAAUGGGAACAAGUUCAGUCCAUAAUUCUGUCUUGGAUUGGCCCACAAGGUUCCAGAUUGCCAUUGGAGCUGCACGAGGCCUAAGCUACAUGCAUCAUGACUGCUCCACUCCUAUCAUUCAUCGAGACGUGAAGUCUAGUAAUAUCUUGUUGGAUUCUGAAUUGAAGGCAAGAAUAGCAGAUUUUGGACUGGCCAGAAUAUUGGCUAAGCAAGGAGAGGUUCAUACCAUGUCUGUUGUAGCAGGUUCUUUCGGUUAUAUGGCCCCUGAGUAUGCCUAUACGACAAGGGUGAAUGAAAAGAUAGAUGUCUAUAGCUUUGGAGUUGUACUCCUGGAAUUGGCGACUGGAAGAGAACCUAAUAGUGGAGAUGAGCAUACCAGCCUUGCAGAGUGGGCAUGGCAGCAGUUUGGACAGGGAAAGCCUGUUGUCGAUUGCCUUGACCAGGAGAUUAAGGAACCAUGUUUCUUGCAAGAAAUGACCACUGUAUUCAACCUAGGACUCAUUUGCACGCACUCCUCGCCAUCCACCAGACCUUCUAUGAAGGAGGUUUUGGAGAUUCUGCGUCGAGCUUCUGCAGACAGUAAUGGAGAGAAAAAGACAGGUGCCGAGCUUGAUGUUGUUCCUCUUCUAGGAACAGUAACUUAUCUUUCUGCCACAACGCAGCAUGAGACUGCCAUAUGAUAAUAGCAGCUUAGUUUACAGCCUGAGUAUCGUAGCUCUGCCUCUCUCUCUCUCUUUUUUUGGUAAUAUAACACAACAUAGUCAAGAAAUAAUACCCGGUCUAUACCCGGUCUCUUCCCGGUCCAAA